AUGGCCUCCUCAUCCGAUGAUGAUAUGCCUAUAAGCAAGGCUCGCAAGAAUGGUGUGAAUGGGACUUCUGCUCCACCUGUCUCCUCCGCGAAGAUUCCCUCUAGCCUCGACAGGCAGAUGGACAAGACACUGCCGACCAAUGGCGAGAUCCAACCAGGUAUCUCGAUACGAAAUGGACCUCUCACUGAAGAUGUCGAGAUGAAGGAUACCAAUGGCUCGGCUGCACCCGCCAAGAGGAAAGUCAGCCGGCCUAGCUACGCCGAGGAGGAGAGUAGUGACGACGAUAAGCCAAUUAUCAAAAAAAGAAAAACCCAGCCCGAAACAGCCGUCGAAUCCGAUUCAGAUGUCCCUUUGGCCAAGUCGAAGCCCAAUGGCAAGGUUGCAAAGAAGCCUCCUCGAGCGAGCAACCAACAGAUAGGAGAAGACUCUGACUCUGAUGUGCCCAUACAGAAGAAGCUCAUCCACGAGAAGCAGAAGAUUGAGGCUAAGGCUGAGAAGGAUGCUCAGAAGAUCCGCAAGGCUGAUAAGCCGAAGAAGGUCAAGAAAGAGGAAUCCUCCGACGAUGACAAGCCGCUCAAAAAGACCAAGCCAGCUCCCGCCGCCAAAGCCAAGACGAAAGUGAAAGUUGAGUCUCCUGCUCCGAAGAAGGCCGCCGGUAAGAAGGCCGCCGUCAAGAAGGAAGAAACCGAGGACCCGGAAGAGGAUGACGAGGAUGAAGGCACUAACUGGUGGGAUGAUCCGACCAAGGGCGACGGCACCAACAAGUGGGAGACACUACAACAUAGUGGAGUCGUCUUUCCUCCCCCAUAUCAGCCUUUGCCGAAGAAUGUCAAGCUGAAGUACGAUGGUAUUCCGCUCACUCUACACCCCGACGCCGAAGAAGUGGCCGGGUUCUUCGGCGGCAUGCUCAACUCAACCCAUAACGUUGAGAACCCGACCUUUCAGAAGAAUUUCUUCAACGACUUCAAGGAAAUCCUGAAGAAAACUGGUGGUGCAAAGGGACCCAAUGGCGAAAAGGUUGAUGUCAAGGAUUUCAAGAAAUGCGAUUUCAAGCCAAUAUUCGACCACUAUGAUGCGGAGAGAGCGGCCAAAAAGGCACUCCCAGCUGCCGAGAAGAAAAAGCUCAAGGCCGAGAAAGAUGCGGCCGAGGCGCCAUAUAUGUAUUGCACAUGGGACGGCAAGAAGCAGAAGGUUGGCAAUUUCCGCGUGGAACCACCUGGCCUCUUUCGCGGUCGUGGCGAGCACCCCAAGACCGGUCAUGUCAAGACUCGCGUGCCGCCUGAGCAGAUUACCCUCAACAUCGGCAAAGAAGCCACUGUGCCUGCUCCCCCUGAAGGCCACAAAUGGAAGGAGAUCAAGCACGACAAGCAGGGUACUUGGCUCGCCAUGUGGCAAGAGAACAUCAAUGGCAACUACAAGUAUGUCAUGCUUGCGGCCAACUCUGAUGUGAAGGGCCAGUCGGACUACAAGAAAUUUGAGAAGGCCCGAGAGCUCAAGAAGCACAUCGACAAGAUCCGUAAAGACUACCGCAAGAACCUCAAGGCUGAGAUGAUGGCCGACCGACAGAAAGCCACGGCCAUGUACUUCAUCGAUCAGUUCGCGCUCAGAGCUGGUAAUGAGAAAGGCGACGAUGAAGCCGAGACAGUAGGCUGCUGCUCCCUGAAGUACGAGCAUAUCACCCUCAAGGAGCCCAACAAGGUCAUCUUCGACUUUUUGGGUAAAGAUUCGAUCCGAUUCCAUGAAGAGUUCGAUGUUGACCAGCAGGUGUUCAAGAAUCUGAAGAUCUUCAAGAAGGCCCCUAAAGGUGAAGGCGAUGACAUAUUCGAUCGGCUCACCACGACCCAGCUCAACAACCAUCUGAAGAACUACAUGCCCGGCCUCACGGCGAAGGUGUUCCGUACCUACAAUGCUUCGUACACCAUGGCUACACUCCUCAAAGAUAUGAAGGCUGAGGGUACUCAUGCCGAGAAGGUCAAGGCAUACAACGAUGCCAACCGUAAGGUGGCAAUUCUCUGCAACCACAAGCGUACAGUCGCUGCCAGCCACGAGAACACCAUGGAGAAGCUUAGCGAACGCAUCAAAGCUGUUAAGUAUCAGCAAUGGCGUCUCAAGCACAUGAUUCUUGAUCUUGAUCCCAAACAGAAGAAGAAGAAGGGUGCCGAGUGGUUCGAGCUGCCCGAUGACAUGGAUGAAGAAUGGGUCAAGGAGCACCAAGCCUUCCUGGUUGAAGAGGCCAAGAACAAAAUCACCAAAAAAUUCGAGAAGGACAACGAGAAGCUCAAGGCCGAGGGUGAGAAGGAGAUGAAGCACAAGGAACUUGAGGAGAGACUCGAGGCUGCGAAAGAGCUCGAGAAGAAAUACAAAAAGGAAAACAAGACCAAGAAGGUCGAAGCUGAAGGCAAGUCGAUCACAGUGGAGAAGCUCGAGGAGAACAUCAAGAAGUUCGAUCAGAGAAUCGAGAACAUGACGGUCCAAGCCGAAGACAAGGAGAGCAACAAAGAAGUCGCGCUCGGCACUUCCAAGAUCAACUACAUCGACCCACGUUUGACCGUCGUCUUCACCAAGAAGUUCAACGUACCCAUCGAGAAGUUCUUCUCGAAGACUCUGCGCGAGAAGUUCGAGUGGGCCAUCAAGUCAGUUGAAGAGGACUGGGAGUUUUGA